AGAGUAAAUAACUGUUAAUUGCCAGCCCACUGAAUCUCCGGCUAACCUUUCCUCAUACAUACAUUGUACAUAUGUAUAUUUUAAACUAAACUCAACCCAUUAAGUGCGAAAUCCACACCCGGAUCGUGGGGGCGGGGAGUUAUCCACUUCGGGGCUAGAACUAGAGGCUAAGACUCGGAUGCGGUCUAUCGUAUGUACUUUGCGCACACAAACACCAACGCUGCAAAGGCAAACAAUCUGUUAUUGAACGCCGACGUCGGCGUCGCAUUGUUGUUGUUUCUGUUUUUGAUUUCGGACAGCACCUGCAAUUUUAGUUGUAGUUUCAGUUUUAGUUUUGGGUUCUUGGCAAGCGGACGACGCGCCUUAAAAAGUAUAGUUUUAUUUGAUUUGCGAUGCUAAAAUCGAUAUUGACCGUUAUUCGCUUGCACCUGGAGGAGCUGUGGCUCAGGAUCCUGGGGUACAUCAUGCGCCGGUUCCUGCGAUCGGCCAUGAUUGUCUUCAGCUGGUUCGUGGUCCCCUACAGCCGAUACACCAACAUCAAGGUGAUCCGGCGCAAGCUGCCGCCGAUCCGGAGCCACCUGCUCGAGAUACCCGCCGUCGACCUGGCCAAGCUGAUUCGCACUAGAAAGAUUAAAAGCGAAGAAGUCGUGGAAGCCUACAUCGAGCGAUGUCGACAGGUGAAUCCACUGAUAAAUGCCAUCGUUCAGGAUCGUUUCGAGGAGGCUUUGCAGGAGGCCCGUGAGAUAGACCGGGUGAUAGCCAUGGGCAUUAACAGCGUGGAGUCGAUGGAGGAGCUGACGCCGCUGCUGGGCAUUCCGGUGACCGUCAAGGAGAGCAUCGCCGUCAAGGGGAUGACCAACCAGGCGGGUCGGGUGUUCAAGACGCCGCAGAUCGCCAAGUCGGAUGCGCCGGUGGUGGAGCAGAUCAAGCGCUCCGGCGGAAUCAUCCUGCUGGUGUCCAACACCCCGGAGCUGUGCCUACUCUGGGAGACGUACAACAACGUGACGGGUCAGACGAAGAAUCCGUACGACCUGAAGCGCACGCCGGGCGGAUCCUCCGGCGGCGAGGCGGCGCUCCUGGCCAGCGGUGCCUCCCUGCUGGGCCUCACCUCGGACAUCGGCGGCUCCUCGCGCCUGCCGGCCAUGUUCAGCGGCAUCUGGGGCCACAAGCCCACGCCGUACGCCGUCUCCUUCCGCGGCCACCAUCCCACGAGCGACUUUCCCAAGUGGGGCGACUUCUUCACCAUCGCCCCGAUGACGCGCUACGCGAAGGACCUGCCGCUGCUGCUCAAGUGCAUGAGCGAUCCCACGGGUCCGAAGUUGACCCUGGACCGGGCGAUCAGUGUGAACGGCAUCCGGUUCUUCUUCAUGGACAACGACGGGCCGUCGGGCAUGAUGAGGCCACUGAGCCGGGAUCUUCAUGCGGCCAUCAAUCGCGUGGCCACCGACUUCAACGCCAAGCGGGUGAACAUCCGCAAGAUGAAGUGGUCGCUGGACAUCUCGCUCUCGGCGAUGCUCACGAUGAAGAACAUCGAGACCAUCUACCACAAGACGGAGGAGGGCGAGCAGCCCAAGACCGUCUGCAAGGAGACGGUGAAGUACUUCUUCGGCUGCUCGGACAGCAUCCUGCCGUCGGUGAUCUUCGGCCACCUGCAGAACUUCAUGAAGAUCAUACCGAACUCGCGCCACAAGCACCUGGCCAGCAUCAUCGAGGCGCUCAAGACUGAAUUCAAGGAGAUGCUGGGCAACGACGGCGUCUUCCUCUACCCGACCUUCCCCAACACGGCGCACCAGCACUACCAGAUCUACCACAAGCUGCUGGAGCCGAUGUACAUGGCCAUCUUCAACACGCUCGGCCUGCCGGUUACCAACUGCAUGAUCGGCCUGGACCGGCGCAACCUGCCCAUGGGCAUCCAGGUGGUGGCCAAUCCCGGCCAGGAUCACCUCUGUCUGGCGGUCGCCCGGGAAAUGGAGCGCCGCUACGGCGGAUGGGUGCGUCCUCCGUCGGAGGACAGCCACAACAGCAGUGGCAAGCAGCGUGGCUAGCCAGAAAGCGAAGCUUUAUCCUGUGCGUGAUUCAAUUGUACUUUGUUUUGUUUUUAGCCAAUUGUACACUGUCGAGCAGUUAGGGAAUUUCGGAGAGACUUCGAAUGGAUUUAGGCGAGUCACUGUUAUCAGCCGGAAGAGGAAACUGGCUGAAUGAAAACUUAAGAAGUGAUGAAUCCCUAGAGCAAGCUCUUUACUUUAUCAGCAUUUUAUCGACUUAAUUCGACCUCACACACAUCACAACACCACAAACCAUUCGGUACUUUCGAAAUUAAUUAUCCCUCGCGCGUCAUCGCCCUCAUUGUAUUAAAUUAUUGUCAAAAAACUCCUCUGAGCUUGUACAUCGUAUUCGUAUUCGUACUUGUAUUAUCUUUACCUAUAUGUAAAUAUUCGUCUAGCAUGUAAGUGUUAGGUUUAUGUCGCGUACGGCAAAGAUCGAUAAAUAUAUCCAGUAUGUGUAUGUACAUUUUGUAGCAUCUCGUUUAAACAACUUUACAACUUUACGACUUUUGCAAAGAACCAAAUUUGUUGAAUAAAUACGUAACAGAAAAAAUA